GGACGAACCGGAAAAGAUUGUACGGCUCUGGUUCGUAACCCGGAAGUAGAUGUACCUCACGGAAGCCGGCUUUGGCCCUGCGGCUGCUGCCGUCGCCGCGGAGAAAUUGUUGGAGCUGGCAGCCUGGGAAUGAAUCUCCUCUUGGCACCUCAGCUCACUUGGUCAGAAUCCUUGGAUGAGCCUGUGGGACCCUUCCUCCUAGCCCUGUGGUUUGGAACCAGUGGCUUUGGAACUGUAAGAGGAUGGACAAAGGUAGUAUGAGGCCGGGCCAGCUCCCCAAAUGCUUGGGCGCCACGCAUCUGCUGAUUCCACUCUGUGCCUGGGCACGUGUGUCUUUCGGUCCUGGCUGGGCAUUGCCACCUCCCCCUGGGCCAGCACCACCCACGUACCUCUCGGCAGAGCCACAAUUGACUGACUUGCUGUUGAGCUGCUGCUCUUUGGCACGCUGCAUUUUGAUGGCAGAGGGAACAGUUAUGCCCAGAUCCCGGUGUGUCGGCAUCACCAGUCUGACCUGAGCACCAUGUGCUGCACGACAUGACACGUGGCACCGGGAGAACUGCCCAGCGUGGAAGGUCUGGGCCAGAUUCUCAGGGCUUGCUAGACUCAUCCCUGAUGGCAUCAGGCACCGCCAGCCGUUCAGAGGACGAGGAGUCACUGGCAGGGCAGAAGCGCGCCUCCUCCCAGGCCCUGGGUACCAUCCCUAAACGGAGAAGCUCUUCCAGGUUCAUCAAGAGGAAGAAAUUUGAUGAUGAGCUGGUGGAGAGCAGCCUGGCCAAAUCCUCUACCCGGGCAAAGGGGGCCAGUGGGGUGGAACCAGGACGCUGUUCAGGGAGUGAACCCUCCUCCAGUGAGAAGAAGAAGGUGUCCAAAGUCCCCAGUACUCCUGUGCCACCCAGCCCUGCACCGGCCCCUGGACUUACCAAGCGUGUGAAGAAAAGCAAACAGCCACUUCAGGUGACCAAGGAUCUGGGCCGCUGGAAGCCUGCAGAUGACCUCCUACUCAUCAAUGCUGUGUUGCAGACCAAUGACCUGACAUCUGUCCACCUGGGUGUGAAGUUCAGCUGCCGCUUCACUCUUCGGGAAGUCCAGGAGCGCUGGUACGCCCUGCUCUACGAUCCUGUCAUCUCCAAGCUGGCCUGUCAGGCCAUGAGGCAGCUGCACCCAGAAGCCAUUGCAGCCAUCCAGAGCAAAGCCCUGUUCAGCAAGGCUGAGGAGCAGCUACUAAGCAAAGUAGGCUCGACUAGUCAACCCACCUUGGAAACCUUCCAGGACUUGCUGCACAGACACCCUGAUGCCUUCUACCUGGCCCGUACUGCCAAGGCUCUGCAGGCCCACUGGCAGCUUAUGAAGCAGUAUUACCUACUUGAGGAUCAGACAGUGCAGCCACUGCCCAAGGGGGACCAAGUGCUAAACUUCUCUGAUGCAGAGGACCUGAUUGACGACAGUAAACUCAAGGACAUGCGAGAUGAAGUCCUGGAGCAUGAGCUGACAGUGGCUGACCGGCGCCAGAAACGAGAGAUUCGGCAGCUGGAACAGGAACUGCAUAAGUGGCAGGUGCUAGUAGACAGCAUCACAGGCAUAAGCUCUCCAGACUUUGACAACCAGACCCUAGCAGUGUUGCGAGGCCGCAUGGUGCGGUACUUGAUGCGCUCUCGUGAGAUCACCCUGGGCAGAGCAACCAAGGAUAACCAGAUUGAUGUGGACCUGUCUCUGGAGGGUCCAGCCUGGAAGAUCUCCCGGAAGCAAGGUGUCAUCAAGCUAAAGAACAAUGGUGACUUCUUCAUUGCCAAUGAGGGCCGACGGCCCAUCUACAUCGAUGGCCGGCCUGUGCUGUGUGGCUCCAAGUGGCGGCUCAGCAACAACUCUGUGGUGGAGAUCGCCAGCCUGCGAUUCGUCUUCCUCAUCAACCAGGACCUCAUUGCCCUGAUUCGGGCUGAGGCUGCCAAGAUCACACCCCAGUGAGGCGAGUAGCAGAAACCAGGGCACUCUCUGGCCUCAGUUUCCCAUGUCAAUUCCAGCUCCCUUGAGCUGGGAACUCAGGCUCCUGGAAAACCCUUCUGCCCAGAGUGGGUAGUGGAGGCCCAGCUGCUGGCCCAUUGAUUGAGCCUUUGAGGCAAGGUGGGAUCACCAUGGGGAUGUCAGGAGAGGCUGGGACCCCUGCGCCUCCCCAGAGCCAGAGCCCCCACCAUUGCUACCUUCACUCCUGUCUCUAGUGGACGAGCUUCAGACUUUUCCUUUAUUGUUUUUCUUUUGUAAAUAAAAAGCACUGAGUUCCAAAGUA